AUGUUCACUUCUCCAAACGCUAACGGGACAAAUGGGAGCAUCGGAAGCCCAGGCGCGUCCCGCGACCGCAACUGGUAUCAAGUCUCAGUCGACCAAGCUACGGGUCUACCCGACAUUGAUCCGGUCGUGUUGCCCAAGCUCUCGCCUCGGCUCGAAGAUGCAGAGGAUUUCGAUGAUUGGUACGACGAAGUGGUGAACAUCUUAACAGACCACAACCUGCACCUCUUGAUCGACGCAAAUUUGCCCCGCCCGUCGCGCGGUGAUCCUGCUAGACAGCAAUGGCACGAGCUUUCGUGCCAAGUCGCCAGGUGGCUCGAAUUGAGCGUAAGCAACGAGUUCUAUCUUGAGAUUCGCGCCUACGGCAACGAUGUGUAUUUGGCGGACGCCUUUAUGGCGAAUACCAAAAAGCACUUCAGCGGUAAGCAUCAUAGGUCUCUGAAACCUGCCAUGAUGAGAUUUCUCAAUACCCGGCGAGCCGAGUUCGAUAACACCAGUGACUUUAUUGCUACAUUAGAGGAUAACUUCUCUGUCGCCAAUGCUCGGGGGGCCAUGUUUACGCCUUAUCUUGCUCUCUGUAUCAUGCUUCGGGAAUUAUCCACUGUUUUGGCGCUUGAGGCUUUUAUUGAUCUUAAAGAAAAAGAGCUGUACGCCGUCAGUGAUCCUCAGCUGAAUAUCACUGAAGCUCGCUUCCACGAAACUUGCAGUACUAUCAUCAAUCAUGUGAAGCGAGCAGGCAUUGACUCGCUUUCUUAA